GGUAUGUGACGAGGUGUGACCCGCGUCGCUCACCCGACCCGGUUACAACCUUUUAUAUUUACAUAAAUACCCAGAAUUAUUCUAGAACCUUCCAUAUCUAUAAGGAAGGUGCAUAACUAAAUCUCCCACUUUUCGGGAAGAUCAUGUAAAUCUCCACCUUAUCGGAGCACAUCCUAAAAUAAGGGAAACCCUAAUUGAGAACCUAUAAAUAAAGACAAAUACGUAAGGUACGAUCAUCUAAUUCCCAUACACUUUUCCCUUCAUAUACUUCUCCAAAAGAACGAAUACUUAUUCUCACGCCGGAGGGUGGUUACAGGAAUAACCCCAUUCCUGUAACGAGUCCUAACGGUGUUUCUGUUUUGCAGCCACACGUUCGGGUCAUUGAUCGUUGAAGUUUCCAGAGUUGUUAAGGUCAGUGUUUCUUCAUUGGCGCCAUCCGUGGGACCAAGCAAGAACAACAAAGAGCUUCAUGGCAAGUGAUCAGAACAUGGCUGGUCAAAGAGCGACGAAUGAUAAUCUGACGCUAGGGGCGGGAGGCGUAACCGCCCCAGUAUCAUCACCGGCCGUUACCAGAUCGUUAGAUUUGGAGUUCGAGGCGGAGGGGCCACCACCAGGGUUUGGUAACGUUACCACCGUCUCUUCCCAGGCCGUGGUUACAAACCCUUACUUUUACAUGCCCUCACAAACACAACCCGGAAGGGUGGAGGGAGCAGGCAGCGGCACCUCAGCCCCAGGGGCUGCUAUUUCUUCACAGACUUCGCGUCUUUUCUCCACCCCAGUCAUCACCUCGGCGAGUCCUAGCAUCUUAGCACCUGGAACCAACACUCCCCAAUACUACCAACCGUUGAUCUCCAGCCCAAUGCCACCGUUGUAUUCAGCCGCACUCACGGCAGCAUUGUCCACCCCGCCUCAUCAGCCGGUCAUCAUGCCAACGGGAGUAAUGAAUGCCCCUGUCACGCCAGGCAAUCAGAUGUAUUUCCCGGGAUAUUGCUACGCGCCCCCUUUCGGGUACUUACCCUCAUACGGGGGAACAGCCUAUCCCCCUCAGGGAAUGACACAAGGGAUGUCACAGUCGCCCUACGCGGCUUACAUGCCGCCGUGGUGGAACUUUCCGAGUCCACAACCAAUGUAUACUCAGGCGUCAACUGAACCCGUACACGACAGGGAAAACGCGGUCCGACCCCGGUUUACUCCUUUUGAAAACUCCGGUCCAGGAACAGGUCCCGCCCCGGGUGCAAACAACCCACCGGCACAAACAGUGAACUUAGAAGAGGACGAGUUAACCAAGCCAUACAAGCCAGUAGAUGCAACAUUCCGAUCUAAAUUUACACGCCGUAUCGCCGAAGCCCCUAUUAAGGAAAAACCAAAGAUGCCCCAAACAGUCGGCAAGUACGACGGCCUCACCGACCCGGAUGAUCACCUUAAUCUAUUUAAGAGUGCGGGUGAGGUGGCUUGUUGGCCCAUGCCCCUUUGGUGCAAAAUGUUCGUACAAACCUUAGUAGGAGCAGCGCGAGUAUGGUGGGACAGCUUACCCACAGGCGAGAUAGACAGUUUCGAGGAUCUGGAAUCAAAGUUUAUCCUACAGUUCAGUCAACAGCGCCGACAUACGAAAGAUAGGAAUGAAUUACUCCAUAUCCGUCGUCGAGACAACGAAACGGUAGAGAAUUUUAUCAUCAGGUUCAAUAAAGAAAGCCUGGCGAUACCAGGUGUCACUAACGAUUUGGCAUGCGGAGCUUUCCUCCAGGGGGUUAAUGAUGACGAAUUACUAAGAACGUUGCAUGGAAGGGACGGGGUACCCCCGACCAUAGACGAGAUACUGCGGAUUGCCAAAGUAUACGUUAUACAAGAAAAAGCGGUAGCGGCCAGCCACGCGGCUAACAGAAAGAAAGAAGCCUUGAAGAACCAAGAAGAAAAAGACAAUCGGGGGUCUAAAAGUAAACACAGGGGAGACCGAUAUCAGCGGAACGACAGAGACUCGCGUUACGAUAAGCAUCGGAGCUCAUACUCAAGAAAUGAAACGUCAAAACCCCGUUCUGAAUAUCCCAAUCUAAGCAAGACCCCGGCAGAAAUUCUGGCCUCGGAAAACCUCAGGCUCAACCCACCAAAGCCGCUGAAAGAUAACCCGAACAAGGAUACGAGCAAGUACUGCGAAUACCACAAGGGAAGUGGACACGACACCAACGAUUGUUUCCAGCUUAAAAAACAAAUCGAGUACUUCGUAAAGUCAGGAAAGUUGGCACAUCUGGUGCGAGAUAUCAAGCAGGGUCCGCCGGUGGUCAAGGAGGAAAAUGACAAGGCGGCAGGAAAAAGGCCGCGAGAGUUAAACAUGGUCCAUGCUGGUAUAGGAAGAGGGGCUAAACGGAGUUUCUCCACCCUCGAGCCUUGGAUGUUGGCAACAAUGACCAUCGAACCACGAAUGGAAGAUUUGCAUCUUACCACGGACGCCCUGAUCGUUUCCGCGGCAGUAGGAGAUUACCGAAUGAGGCGAAUUUUGGUUGACACCGGAAGCUCAGAGGAUAUCAUAUACGAGCACUGUUUCGAUAGAAUGCAACCGGAGGAUAAAAAGCUGCUCGAAUCGGUACAUGCUCCCAUUAAGGGUUUUACAGGGGAAAAGGUGGAUCCCAUUGGUCAAAUCACCUUCCCGGUAACCUUCGGGCAAGCACCCAAGGAAAGAACAAUACUACUAACUUUCCUCGUGGUCCGCGCCGAGUCAUAUCACAAUGUAAUCAUCGGAAGGUUCACUUUGGGGAAGUUAGACGCCAUAGUCUCCACGGCAAGAGGUUUUAUGAAGUUCCCAACACCGCAAGGUAUUGCCACGGUGUUUCGAGAUAGAGUUGGAGAAGUAUUGGACACCAAACGAUGCCGUCAAGGCCCCGCAGGGGUUACAGGGCCAGAGAGGUGGGUACUGAGCACACGCCACCCGGAUCAAAUGGUCACCAUCGGCGAUACUCUGUCCCCAGAGGUAAAGAGCAAUUUGAAACAAUUGCUAAAAAGAAACGUAGACAUAUUCGCUUUCGAGCACGCCGAUAUGACCGGAGUCCCUCGCGAUAAAGCAGAACAUAAGCUCUCCACGCUCCCAGGCAUUAAGCCAGUCGCCCAGGGUAAACGCAGUAUGGCCCCGGAUCGCCGGGCAGCGGUCGUUAAGGAAGUACGCAAGUUAGUGGAAGCUGGAAUCCUCAGAGAAACACAGUAUCAUACCUGGGUGUCUAACCCGGUCAUGGUUAAAAAGCCAGAUGGCACAUGGCGGAUGUGCAUUGACUUCAAGGAUCUGAACAAGGCGUGCCCGAAAGACGCAUACCCGUUGCCGGAAAUUGAUUUAAAAGUUGACUCCCUGGUACCGUAUCGAUACAAGUGUUUUCUAGACGCAUAUAAGGGAUACCACCAGAUCAAGAUGGCCAAAGAAGACGAAGAAAAAACAGCCUUUCACACCGACGUCGGCAUUUUUUGUUACACCAAAAUGCCUUUUGGGCUACGGAAUGCGGGAGCCACCUACCAGCGCCUCAUGGAUAAGGUUUUCGAAACACAGAUCGGGCGGAACUUGGAAGUUUACGUAGACGACCUGGUCAUAAAAAGCAGCGAAGAGAAACAAAUGUUGGCAGACAUAGAAGAAACUUUCCAGCGGCUCAGAAAGCAUAACAUAAAGUUAAACCCAAAGAAGUGCUCUUUUGGGGUUGAAGAGGGAAAAUUUCUGGGGGUAGUAGUUACCCACAACGGCUUUAAAGCCAACCCAGAAAAAAUAACCGCCAUAUCGCGGAUGCCAUCCCCCCGAACGUUGAAGGAAGCUCAAGCCCUAAAUGGACGACUGGUAGCAAUCAACAGGUUCCUUGCAAGGCACGCUGAAAAAUCACUGCCGUUUAUAAAAACGCUGAAAGAUUGCCUCGACAAAAAGAAUUUUAAAUGGACGGCAGAAGCGGAACGAGCUUUGCAGGAAAUGAAGCGGUUCAUAGAAAAACUACCCACGUUGACCGCGCCCAGACACGGCGAAGUGCUAAAAAUGUAUCUGGCGGCGGCCCACACAGCGGUAAGCGCGGUGCUCAUGGUUGAACGAGAAGGGAAACAAACACCCAUAUACUACAUAAGCCGGGUGUUGGCGGGGCCUGAAACGCGUUACCCUACACUGGAAAAGCUGGUAUUAGCAUUAGUACACGCCACCAGGCGAUUAAGAAGAUACUUCCAGGCACACCGCGUACAGAUCUUAACUAAUUACCCGCUACAGCAGAUCCUGCACAAACCUGAGGUCUCGGGUCGGUUGGCUAAAUGGGCUAUCGAGUUGGGAGCCCUGGAUAUCGAAUAUCAGAAACGCACAGCAGUCAAGGGACAAGUUAUCGCCGAUUUCUUAGCCGAAAUACCAGAAGGAGAGGUAGUCACGGACCCGGUUGUCCAAGACAUACCAGAAACGAGCACAGCGAGGCAGACUUGGAAGUUGUACACAGAUGGAUCGUCUAGUGGUAAAGGGUCUGGGGCAGGUUUGAUGCUGAUAAGUCCGGACCAAAUCAGGCUAAUGUACGCCUUACGUUUUGAUUUCGAGUGCUCCAAUAACGAGGCGGAAUACGAGGCGCUACUGGCUGGUCUACGAAUGGCAAAAUCCAUGGGUGCAGCCAGGGUCGACGCAUACGUCGACUCACUGCUGGUCAACAAUCAAGUCAACGAAACAUAUGAAGCAAAAGACGAGGCAAUGGCGAGAUAUCUGGCAAAAACCAAAGAGCUCAUGAACUCUUUCGAUAAAGUCACGCUCAACCACGUGCACAGAGGGAAAAAUCAGAUAGCAGACGCCUUAAGCAAACUUGCCACCUCCGGCAUGGAAAAGGAAGUCAAGGUUGAGACAUUACAGACACCUUCAAUUGAACCGCGUAGCGUCUCCGCUGUCACAAUGGAAGAACCCUGUUGGUAUACCCCGAUCCUGCUUUUUCUCAAAACCGGCGAACUGCCUCCCGCCAAGGGCGAGGCACGAAAGAUUCAAACGAAAGCACUGCAGUACGAGGUCAGCGAUGGUGUCCUGUAUCGAAAAUCUUACAUGGGUCCCCUCCUACGAUGCGUCUCCCCGGUUGAAGCGAAAUACCUCAUCAGUGAAAUACAUGAGGGUAUAUGCGGUAUACACGCGGGUCCUCGAGCAGUGGUCGCUAAAAUUCAUAGCGCGGGGUAUUACUGGCCCGGGAUGCAUGAAGACGCCGUCAGAGAACUGAGAAGAUGCCUCAGCUGCCAAAAAUUUGCCCCUCAAACAAUUCGGCCCAAAAAUAGUCUAGUACCGGUGACAUCGGCUUGGCCUUUUCAGAAAUGGGCUGUAGAUAUUGUGGGACCUUUCCCGCCCGCUCCCGGGAAAUUAAAAUACUUAAUCGUGGCGGUGGACUACUUCACCAAGUGGGUGGAAGCAAAACCCUUGGCUAAGAUAACGGCAGAAAACGCCAAAAAGUUUCUCUGGGAACACAUUGUAUGCAGGUUUGGCCUACCGCUCUACCUGGUAAGUGACAAUGGGACGCAGUUCACGGAUAGAAUUUUUCAAGAAUGGUGUGCCGAUCUCCACAUUCAGCAGAUCUUCACGUCGGUAGCACACCCACAGGGUAAUGGGCAGGUAGAGCGGACGAACAGAAGUUUGUUAGAAGGUAUCAAAAAACGGCUGGGACACGAGGGAAGCUCGUGGGUGGAGGAGUUGCCACACGUCCUUUGGGCGCAUCGAACAAUGCCCAAGACCAGCAACAACGAAACACCAUUUAGCCUUACCUAUGGAAUGGAGGCUAUGAUACCUGCUGAGGUAGGGUUACCAUCGUUACGCCGUCUCGAAGUAAAAGAUAACAAUGACCAAUCGCUGAGAGAGGGCCUAGAUUUAUUGGAAGAGAGGCGUGAGGCGGCCGCCAUUAGCGAGGCACGUUACAAAAAAGCACUGGAAAAGUAUUACAAUAAGCGGGUGUCUAAAUUAAGUUUCAAGGUGGGCGAUUACGUCAUGCGCGACAACGAAGCAAGUCGAGCGGAACCAACGGGAAAACUAGGCCCCAACUGGGAAGGUCCCUAUGUCAUCCAGGAAGACUUGGGCAAAGGAGCCUAUCGCCUGUCCCGACUAGAUGGCACGCCGGUCCCGCGCAGUUGGAACAUCGCACAGCUGAAGAAAUGCUAUUUGUAA